AUGGCUGGACAACGGGGUUUAGUUGUUCCACAAAAUACGUUUCUGGAUAAUAUUAUUAAGAAGACGAAUGGCACACGUAAGUUGCAAAUUUCUCUACUUUUGUUGUGUAUUUAUUGAUCCUAGACGGUGCGGCGUCUAGUAUACUACUUAGUCCAAAUCUCCAAUUCAAUGCACAAGAUGGAAAUAAGUUUACAGUUGUAUAAUGUUGUAACUAUGUAAGUAGUUCGCAAUAAGCUGACGCCGAACAACUAUCCAAAUGUAGAAAGACGUCUUCCAAGUUUUGAGCAAAAGCACUUUGUCAGGAAUUUUAAGCCGGAUAACACGAAAUGUUUUUCAUGUACAACUUGAACAUAAAACAAUGGCUAAAAUUACUUUUAUAUACUUGCCACUUGUGAAUAUUGUUUGUUCGAACUAAAAGUUAUAAAUUCAAAUACAAUAUGCAAUUAUAGGAAAUUUUAUAUUCGACACUUUUUGCUUAUAAGCAGUAUAUAGAAUAUCUUUCACAAAGGUUUACUGGCAAAAACAGUAAAAGUUUACAUGUCUUGUAUGUCAUUGCGAAGAUCGGCUACGAAAACAGUGUUGGUUCAGUUACACAAGUAACUUUCGGCGAAAGUAAUGCGUUUGGAAGGUGUUAACUAAAUUUUGAGAUGAGCUACUUUUCACUUUGUAAAAACUAUACAGAGACAUUUCAAACAAAUUUUACGUGGAAUUGAAAUGCUUUAUAUUUACUAUAAAUUUUGAAAAAAAUUGCAAGUGAGGUUUAGGUAAUUACGUAAUCAUAGCAACGUCUACUUUUAUAAUAGUGCCCGUAAAAUUCUGCCUAAAAAACUACUGUGAUCGUGUUUUGAGUUCGGUUUUACUAGUUUCACAAGCCUCGAGAAGCUGGUUUUAAUUUCAGUUGAAAAAAUUAAGUGAGACGCUGUUUACAUUUCUUAGUAGAAAUUAAGUGUUUUGUGCAUGCAUGCUGCCAAACAAGGAACAAUGAAAUUAACAGUUAUUUUAUGGCACUAUAAUAGACGCGCAAGUAUUGAUAUUAUGAGAAUUCUGUUAGAUGAAUUUGGAAAUGUUAUAUUUGCCAUAACGCGGCAUAAGUUAUAGACUAAAACAUCAUAUGCAUGAAAUGUUUUUUCAAGAGUGGAAAAUUGUGAAAUUGGUUCAAUAAAUUCUAUUCAACAAACAUGUAAAUUUUUAAUGCAUCAUAGCCUAUAUAGUGUAACUGCAAAUUGGAUUUUCACAUUCUGCGUAUUGUCACUUAAAAGUUAAAACCGAAGUCAAAACAAAAUGUAGGAGGCAAACAUUUUUAACUAUAUAUAAGUAUAACGAUUAGUAACGGGAAGUAUGAUGAUUAAUUAAUGCAGCGUUUAUAAUUUCCUAUGUCUGUCCUUUUCAGUUGAAACGCGGCAAACGUAAUUUAUAUAUAGCUCGGCUAUCGCGCGGUUGUAGGUUUUAUCAACAAUGUUACGUUGUCCUUGACGAGCGUUUGCACAAUAAAAUGCAAAUAGAUCUUUAAAUAUGACAUUGAUUAAAAUUUAAUACCCGUAUUAUAUAAACAUAUAAAUUAUUAAUAUCCAUAACACGCAUAUAAUUUCCCUGAUAUUCGAAACUUAAUAACUGACGUCUGUGGCAAAUUAUUGUUACAGCUAACAAUUGUUGAAACAUCACGUAUCGUUUGAAAUAUUUUGGUCAAAUACAGAACAUUUGGUUUCAAUGUAUCUCUAAAUGUUUUCUGAUGUCACGGAAAAUGUAAUCGCAUCAGUUUUACUGCAUGUAGUUCUAACACCACAUGUGGUUAUGUCGUGUUGAUAGGCUAAUAUUUUUCUACUUUUGACACAGAGUUCGGCACGUUUUCGCAUAACAGCUGUUUCAGACACAUCCAUAUUCUAAGUAGUUUUUGCUCUGAACUACCUGAAAAAGAUUCGACGCGUUUUACAAGCGAAGCCCAAACCACGAGAACUUUAAUAUUGUAUAGAAUAUGAUUACAUACUGCUUAUAACAUUAGACCCCCACCGGCCCACGUUUGAAAUGUUCAAACACAAACCGCAGCAGCUUAUUUUAGAAUGCUAUACCUACACUAGGCCCCCACAUUUGAGAUUAUCUUUUAUUACCUAUAGCCUACUUCCUGAAUAGACACUUCCCUAAUUUGCUUGUGUGCACACCAAACAAUAGGCUGAAUAGCAGUUGAACUCAUGGCUAACAUGAAAUCCAUUUUAUGUUACAGUAUUUGCCAGCCUUGACUCUAUUAUUAUUAUCUCAUGGCUUCACCAAAUGAAUUUCAAACUUAAUUUAACACAUUUUCAUUGUUUAUUGCAGAUAAACAUUUUCUGCUGGCAAGCGCGCAGAUCAUGGAUUCACCCAUAGUGUACUGCAGUGAUGGUUUUACCAAAUUGACUGGAUACAAAAAAAGUCAAGUUGUCAAGAAGAAAGCAAACUGUAGUUUCAUGUAUGGGUCGCUCACGACCAAAGAUACUGUACGACUGUUGCGAAGUGCCAUCCAAGAAAAAGAAUCGGCUCAAAUUGAAAUACUUUUAUACAAAAGAGAUGGUAAGUGUUUUUAGCUCGUUAAAUUGAUGUGGUUCUAAGACCGUCUUCUGAGAGUUGUUUCAACACCACCUCUUAGUAUAAGUAAAGUUAGUUUAGUUUAGUUUAGUUUUCCUCCUGUAAUGGCACUGGAUCAAUAAGAGAUGACCUUACUGAACCUCUAGGAAGAACAGUUUAGAACUGAUAGAGUUAUCCAGUAUAAAUAAAGUUAGUUCUGAGUUUAGUUUUCCUCCUGUAAUGACACUGGAUAAAUAAGAGAUGACCAUUACUGGACUUCUAGGAAGAACAGUUUAGAACUGAUAGAGUUAUCCAGUAUAAAUAAAGUUAGUUCUGAGUUUAGUUUUCCUCCUGUAAUGACACUGGAUCAAUAAGAGAUGACCCUUACUGGACUUCUAUGGGGAGAACAGUUGAGAACUGAUAGAGUUAUCCAGUAUAAGUAAAGUUAGUUCUGAGUUUAGUUUUCCUCCUGUAAUAACACUGGAUCAAUAAGAGAUGACCCUUACUGGACUUCUAGGGAGAACAGUUUAGUACUGAUAAAGUUAGUUUAGUAUAUGUUUCUUCCUGUAUUAACACUGGAUCAAUGAAGGAUGAUUGGAUCCCUAGGGAGAACAGUAAAUUAAGAACUGAUAGAGUAAUCCAGUAUAAGUAAAGUUAGUUUAGUUUUCCUUCUGCAGUAACACUGGAUCAAUAAGAGAUGACCUUACCAACUUCUAGAAAAAACAGUUUAGGUUUCUUCCUCUAGUACUGUAACACUGUAGAGAUAAGAGAUGGUUUCCAGCCGGUUCAGAUAUCGGAAACAGAGCGUGUUUACUAUAUGGCAAAAGUGUAAAUAAUCAAGACCACAAUCACCUAUUCAUGAAUCUCUCAUAAUCUUUCUUUCAGCUACACCUUUCUGGGUGUUGUUAAAUAUCGGUCUGGUGUACAAUGAACUGGAUGAGGAUGUUUUCUUUUUACUGACAUUUCAAGACAUCUCUGAAUAUAAAGAAGCGAUCAACCCAAGCUGUAAGUAUACUGAAGCCUCGGUCAUACGAGGAUGAGAGUUGAUGAGAGUUAAUUGACAGUCACGCAUUGCUACUGGGGACAUUUCAAGCUCUAGAUUAACAAAAUAAAGGUUUGAUGAAUGUUCCAACUAUGUUUUAACUUCAAUACAAUACAUGAUAGUGUUGGGAAAGCAUUAAGAACAGCUAACCAAGCUCACGUGACUGCCAACUCUCAUGCACUCUCAUCCUCGUGUGAUCCGAGCUUUGCGCACUGUAGCUGCAUGCCCAUGGUUUUAAACUUAAGGAAAGCUGCCUGUCAACGAUAAGUUUGGGCUAAUAGUGGAACAUCCUUCAAGUUUUCAAGCAAAUCAUCAACCUAACAAAUUUCCUACGAGCUGUGUUUGCGUGCUCGACUAUAUUCUCUAUCCUUGCAUAUAUACAACAGUUCAUGAUGAUAAUAUUACCAUGCUGAAAAAGAUGGUUAGGAUGUUAUAAGGGUUAACUAAUUGCUUUACCAAAUAUAUGAUUAUUUAUAUCAAUUCAAAACUUGAACGAACGUAUUUCGUCAUAAUUCUUAGAUCGUAAACACCGAUGGUCGGAAUUCAACAAAGCUCUUCACACAAAACCCAUGCCAGCCAAUCCAAUUUCGAAAGCGAAAGAAGAGAAGAAUCGAGUUCACAUUGCUCAGGUAUUUUUUUUCCUUUUUCGUAAUUCUUAAUUUAUCAUCCCGGUCAGACAUUUCGAUUUUCUGUUUAUUAUCUUUUGCCAACACCUCGCUCUCUCUUCAUUUUCUAUUACUUUUUUUGCCAUUGUUUAUUUCACCGUUUCCACAAAAAAUUAAUUCACAUUUCUUUACACCCAACCCACCAAUACUUUUGAUAACUCACGUUACCUAGUUCAUGGAAUCAUAGAAAAAAACAAUAGUAACGAAAUUUUACAAUUUCCUACAUAAGUGACUAAAGGCCUGGGCAAAGUAGGAAACAUUGUUGUGGAAACAUUGUUGUGGAAACAUUGUUUCCUGCCAAUGUUUCGCCAUAUAUGUUUCCCAGAGUGGGCAAACACUAGGAAACAUUAGUGAGAAACAUAGGGAAACAUCAAAUGUUUCUGAAUUUGCUAGGAAACAUUUUUGCUUCUCGGGAAGCAAAUUUUGUUUCCGCAACAAUGUUUCCACGGGUGGGCAAACAUUGGACAAUCACAAAUGUUUCCACAACAAUGUUUCCUAGUUUGCCCAGGGCUUUAUUCAACUUUGUGAAUUGGACAUAUCCCUAUUUUGUCUAUUUAUCAAUUAUCAUAUUAAAUCUGACAUUUUUUGUAUCUCUUCAGUUAAGGGAGGAAAAUGUAAACAUCCUGCCUGGAUACCAGCAAGAGAUCCCAGAUACACCUCGCUAUGUCAUUCUACAUUGCUCUGCAGUGAAAAUAGUGUGGGAUUGGUUCAUUUUAAUAUUCAUUCUGUAUACGGCCACAUCCGUACCAUUCAUAGUAUGCUUCAAGUUCGAUUCCCUCCCAAUGACCAUCGCCGACACAGGGGUAGACGUCAUGUUUCUCAUCGAUAUUCUUCUUAAUUUCCAUACUUCAUACGUCGGCGAUGAUGGCUCGAUAGUUUUCGAUCUGCAGAAGAUAAGACGAACUUAUUUCCGAAGUUGGUUCUUCGUGGAUAUGAUCACCUCCUUGCCGUAUGGUUUGAUUGGUUUGCUCAUGGGUCGUGGACUAGGAAAGGUAAGUGAUGUUUUCGGAGCAUAUAUUAUGUAUCUCGAACGUUGGGAUCAAGUGUAGGUAGUAUUCUACAAUAAUUUGUCGUGGUUUGUGUCUGAACUACCUGAAAAAGAUCUCUCAAACGUGGUGGUCCAAUGUAGGUAGUAUUCUACAAUAAGCUGCCAUGGUUUGUGUAUGAACUACCUGAAAAAGAUAUCUCAAACGUCGUAGUCCAGUGUAGGUAGUAUUCUACAAUAAGCUGCCAUGGUUUGUGUCUGAACUACCUGAAAAAGAUAACCUGUUCUCCAUAGAGGUUCAUUAAGGACGAUCCCUUAACGGUGCAGUGUUACUGUAUUAGGUAACCGUAGAACCCGGAACUAGGUAAAGUCAAACUGGAAUCAUGUGACUGAGGUAAAAUUAUAAUCAGACAAGUGCAUGACAUGUUCUUACCACAAUAACACCAACCCUUAUUUCUUACCGACAUACAUUUCAUCUCUUCCAGGGCAUCACAGACUUGAUAGGAUUUCUCAAAGCGAUACGUUUACUGCGUCUCAAUCGCGUGGUGCGUGCUUUAGAUCAAUACUUGGAGUAUGGUUUUAUCACUUUGAUUCUCUGGAUAUUAUUCUUCUGUCUUUGUGCCCAUUGGAUGGCUUGCAUUUUCUUUGCCAUAGCAGAACAUUACGAUAACUUCGCCGAGAUUGGCUGGGUGCGCGCAAUGUCGGAUCAGACAAUGCAGCCGCUGAUUAUUGUCAAUGGUACAGUACUUCAGACUCCAACACUUGCUUCGCUCUACAUGUCUUCGCUAUAUUUUUCACUCACAAGUCUUACGUCCAUUGGUUUCGGAAAUAUCGCCCCAAAUACAACAGCUGAGAAAAUUUUCUCAUGUGUGACCAUGAUUUUUGGAGGUAGGUUUUUGAACUGUUCUUCCUAGAGGUUCAGCCAGGGUUACCCAUUAUUUAUCAGCAAAUCAGAGUAACAAUAAAUGAAACAACUGCAUAUUGCAGGGAAUGAAAACCCUCGUUGAAGAUUGUGAAAGGCAGUCUUACUAGACUGCCUACCUCCGCCAGAGAGUUGAGUUAUGUCUAAUGCAUAAAUUAUGCAAUGGGCUAAUGGAAAAGCCCUGCAUGGGCAAACUAGGAAACAUUCUUGUGGAAAUAUUUGUGAUUCUCGAUGUUUCCUCAAAUGUUUCCCUGUUUGCCCACCCGUGGAAACAUUGUUGCGGUAACAAAAUUUGCUUCCCGAGAAGCAAAAAUGUUUCCUAGCGAAUUCAGAAACGUUAGAUGUUUCCCUAUGUUUCUCACUAAUGUUUCCUAGUGUUUGCCCACUCAGGGAAACAUGGCGAAACAUUGAUAGAAAACAAUGUUUCCUAUUUUGCCCAGGGCUUUAUACUCUGCUUGGAAAAGUAAGACAAACUUUUGCUAAUUUCUCAUCCAAUUUUCAAAUAAAAUUGUCGUUGGGAAAUCUCCAUUAAUGCCACAAAUUUUCGUUUUAAGAGGCAAUUUUUUUCAAUGUCACGAAUUUGCAAUGAAAAGUGUUCAAAACCUAAAAUCUUUUUGGCGUUCCUCUCAAAAUUACUUUGUUUUAGUUUUAUUCUCUAGUUUAUAGAGUUAGCUACCUUUUUAAAUGCAUCUGCCGGUUGAGAAACAUAAAAUAAUAGUUAAAAAUUGUCAAUUAAAAUACAAUUAUCAAAGAUGCUUUUUAAUAUUGACGCCAUAUUUACAGCCAUAUAUUAAGCAAAACUACUGAACUUCAGACGUCAUUUUCUCUUUGGCGUGUCAUCUAAAAUCUUUUCAUUUUAGCAUUAUUUUACAAAUAAAGCACUAAACAUACUUUUUAAGUUUGUUUGCCGAUUGAGAAACGUAUCGAAAAAUAAAAAUUUUGAAUUUAGUCAUAACCUCAAGUGAUAUAUUAUACGCAUUAGUUUUGAGCGCGUGUUACGUAACAUACAAAAAAAUCUCCUCUUAAUACGUUUGACAUUUUUCGAGUUAUCGUGCUGAGUGACAAACACAAAGACGCGGAUGAAAGCAUGACAUCCUGGCGGAGGUAGCAGUUGCAUAUUGCAGGAAUGCAAACCCUUGUUGAAGAUUAUGAAAGGCACUAUUAUUUAAAGGCACAGUUCAGCCUUUUGAAUGAUGGUUUCUAAGGCACAAACUAGGAAAAUCGAUUGAGCAUAAUUCAAGAUCAGCAAACUUAAUGUUUUUAAACAUUUUAAAACAUCUUUAUUGUUAAAAACAUUGAGUUUACUUAUCUUGAAUUAUGUAUAAUUGAUUUUCCUAGUUAGUUUUUUCAAUUAAAAGGGUUGAAAUGUGCCUUACAAACCAUCAUUCAAAAGGCUGAACUGUGCCUUUAAGCGGUUACAGAACACCUUUGAGUGUUAAUUUUGCCUAAAAUUUUUUUAUUGGUUUCCAUGAAAGCAUUAGACUAGUUCUACUAUCUGACCAAGUUUGGACGAAAAAUGUUAAAACUCGCAGAGUUAUUUAAUAAAAUACAUUUCGCUGCAAUAAGAAAAACAUUGAAAAUGUAAUAUUCAAAUUCAAUUUUCUCUCGAAGAAUUUUACGGUAAUUACUGAUUUUCAAACGAGUUGUUCUCCUGCGGGUUUCAGCCAAUUUUUCUCAAAUUUUCACAGGACAUAGCUAAAGACGUCCGUUUCAAAAUGGUGUUCGGCUUUGUUCUAAUUUUAGAUAUUUUAAUAAUAAAGAGCAAUUCACUCAAACAAUUCAGAAAUAUAUUGCAGUCGUCAAAGAAAUCGCCAUAUUAGCGGAAUGACGAAAUAAACAAAAAUUUCCGAACACAAUUUUUUAGAACAACUAUUUUACUGUUUAAAAAUUAUAUUUUCAUAAAUAUAACUAAAACCAGCACGAGCACAACUCAAAAGCGUAACGGUACCGCGAUUUAAGAUUUUCCUAAAUAAUUCUUACAUUAUUUUAUUGUUUGUUAAUUUUAUAACUUUACCAUAUUUUGCAUUCACUGGCGAUCAUUUGGUGAAAAUUUUAUGAAAAUCAGACUGAUUUUGAGCGCGCAGUAGCGAUUUUCCGCAAAACGCCAAAAAGGGUGUCCUGUAACCUUAACAGCUCUUCUUCGAUACGGUAUAAACAAACCUAGCCGUUUUUUCUGUGCAGGUUUAUGCUAUGCAGUGAUUUUCGGACAAGUGACAGCAAUUGUGCAACAGUCGCAGAAGAAAUCUGAAGGUUAUCAUGAAACCUUGGACAACAUGCGUUCAUUUUGUAAACUUUACAAUGUGCCCAAAGAAAUUGCCACGAGAAUUAUUGAUUAUUACAUGUACACAUGGGUGUUGAAUAGAGGAGUGGACACUAACCAAGUGAGUGCAAUCAUUUACAUGUUACUUCAACUAACAUUCAUACUAGACAGUUCUAUCAUUUCUAAGCUAUUCUCCAUAAAGGGCCGGGCUAGGUCGUUCCUUAUGAAGAAAGCGGAGUACCGGGACAUAAUACCUGAAAAAUACAAGGAGACCUUAUGCAUAAUGACGUCACAAGGCUUGAUGCCCGCGAGGAUUGCUGGUCUUAGUAGUCAUCACCCGGGAAAAUGUUGAUAGUAGACUGUUUAAUUUUCCGGGCAAUGACUACUAAGACCAGCAUUCCUCGUGGGCAUCAAAGCCUUGUGACGUCAUUAUGCAUAAGGUCUAUUGCAAGUACACUUCUCUCAUACGACUGAAGUGAAAUUAUAAACAGACAACAACAACAUAAUGCAGAAUUCGAAUCUCAGUCGCAGAGGUUACUGGCGCCUGUAACACUCCAUACAUUUUCAGGUCAUUAAUGUAUUUCUCAAAUGUAAUUUUUCCAAUAGGUCUUACUGAAUUGUCCUAAAGAUCUACAAUCAGACAUCUGUAUUCACCUCAACCGGAAAAUAAUUGAUAGUACUCCAGCUUUUGGCGAGCUGUCAAACGCCGUGCUCAGAGCUGUAGCGAGGAACUUCGCUAUACAUCGAGUGGCACCUGGGGAGAGAGUGGUACAUGAGGGGGAAAGUUUGGAGACGGUGUAUUUCAUUGGCAGUGGUUCCUUUGAAGUCACACAGAAAGGAAGAGUUGUGGGAUUGUUGGGUAAGAUAACUAAGCUUACUUUAUUUAAGCUGCAUAGCUCGAGCUCUGCCAGUUCUAAACAGUUCUUCCUACAGAUCCAGUAUUACUCUGUUAGAAAAUAUAUAAGGAGAAUUUCGACGUUUCGAGCCUUUCGUCCAGUUGGCAGUUAAUACUAGGCUAGUCUUGAAGUUUUGAAGGAUUUGUAAGAAAUGUUUGAAGGAACUGACUCAGUGUUAAACACAUCAGUUCCCUCUAACAUUUCUUACAAAUUCUUCAAAACUUAGAAUUUACCGAUGCAUGCAAAAUUCCUACUGUGAUCACAGAAACUUUGAUAGUGUAAACCAACCUUUACUUCUAAACUGUUCUUCCCUGCAACAAAAGAAAGGCACUUUUAUUGGUUUAGUUUUAAUACAAGAAGAAAUUGGAUUACCAUAGAAAACUUCCAUUAUUUGGCAGAGUUAAACUGUAAGUUAUUUUUUCAUAUGAUCAGAGACUACUAAGGUGAGAUUAUAAUCAGACAACACCUUACUGUAAGAAUCAGAUCCGUUUCGCAGAAUUGGUAGAGUAUGCCCAAGUAUGUGCCACUAACAUCCAUUCUACCGGAACAUCGCAGCAUGUAACCUCUGCUGCUAAGAUGUUCCGGUAGAAUCACAAUCAAACUUCAACCUUAAUUUUCAACUAAUCUUCAUAUUUUGAUUUUUAGGCGAAGGUGACGUAUUUGGUGAUGACGUUUGUCGCUUCAGUGAUGUUGGAAGAUCAGUGGCUGAUGUGUUUGCACUCACGUAUGCCAAUGUUCAUGCUAUUGGUCGAGAUGAGUUAUUGAAUGCUCUCGCAUUUUACCCAGAGUAUGGAUAUCAGUUUGCCAAAGCUUUCAGGCUCUCGUACAGUUUAAGAGACGAGGUUAGUCUAUUUCUUCAUUUAAAGCCACAACUGAUUUUCAUUAUACCUGCCUGCCCUACCUACUUACUUACCUACCUACCUGUAAUAACAACUAUCUCUUAAUGCUUAUUUAGGUAACAAUGAGAAAACUUUCGUCCCACCCACGUGCAAAAUCUCAUAUACCGAAGGGAAUAAUCGACGGGCGCAGAUACAGCAUUGUUGAAGAGAUGCAACAUGCCUAUGACACGGACUCAAACAGCGGGGACCUGGGCACUCCCAACAGUCAAAAUAUGACCGACACAGACCCACCGAGCAAACAUUUUGUCAAAGCCGCAAAACCUCGUCUUAGCCAUGGUAAUGUCAUGGAAGGUAUCCCGGAAGAUGCCGAGCUUGACCCGAGCGGUGACGAUGAGGAUUUCAAACGCUGGAGUGAGUACCAUAACGGGCGAGAUGUUUCUGAAGGACUUCUCAACGAAAUCAGCGGAAUGAAGUCGGAAGUCAGACGCGAAAUCGAGGUUAUGGGCGGGAAGAUGAAUCAAUUGGAGCAAAAUAUCUCGACUAUAUUAACUCUACUCCGAGACCAAGGUCUCAAGUCUCCAGGGUCAGCAUUUAUUUCCACUCUCAAGUCACCCGAGCCAGCGAGAGCUCAUAGCAAUACUGCUGGUAUUAUAUCACGUGUGAAAUCUGAGCUGCCUGAAGAGAUUCUGCCCGACUGGGUCGAGAUGGAAAACUUUGGAAUGGCGGGAGUUACAAGGGAUGAUGGGACGCCGAAACAGGAGGAAGCCGAGGAGGGGAAUGAGGAGGAAGAAGUGAAGUCGAAGAAAAUUGGCGGGAGAAUCACGAAGAAACGAAAACUUGAAGCGAAACGAAAGAAGAAAAAAGCUGAAAAAUCGAAAUAUGACUCAGAGGACGAACACGAAGCACCUCAUGAUGACGACCUCCUUGAUGCGCCACCACCAGAAUUUACGGAAAUACCUGCAGAACCUGAGACUCCCGAGGUUUCUCAGCCUGCAGAAGAGAAUCCCGUGGAAGAGGAAAAGCCCAAACGAAAGAAGAAAAAAGGCGACAAGUCUUCCAAACAUAAAAAUGACGACGUAGUUCCCAGUUCAUCACGAGAAGGCUCGGCCAAGGUGGCUCUGGAGAUGAGUGAAAUUUUCCGCCAAGACGAGACCCAAGACAACGAACCCGAAGACGACUUGUUGAAACCUGCAGAUGAAGACGAGCCGGGCAGACUGUCAUCUUCAAGUCAACCUGAAGACAGCAAGAAAAAACGUAAAAAGAAAAGGAGUAAGAAGUCAUCCAGUGUAUCACGGGAACCUUCUGCCAAGCCAGAGACUCGAAACGAAGAUGCACAGCCUGACGAGGACUCUGGAAAACCGGAUUCACCAAGACCUGGAAGCCCUGCAAGAAAUACUGAGGAAAACGAACCACAGAGCCAGCCUGCACAACCUGACGAGCCGGAGCGCCCUGAAAAUGACAGGUCGGAUUCACCAGUUGCUUCAAGAGCAAAUACAGCGCGAACAUCAAGCGCUCGAAGUCCCCAUGGGCAAGAUAACUCACCUAAAGAAAAUACUCCCUCGGAAGAAAAUAAUCCCCCAGCAGAAAAUAAUCCCCCAGCAGAAAAUAAUCCCCCAACCGGAGAAAGACCACCAAGUGGAGGCAAUACUCCGAAAAUACAAAGCCCCGAGCCUGAGAAUAAGCCACCGAGUCGCGAAGCAAGCCCAGGAAGAGGCGGUGAUGUCGCGCUCACUAUAGAGAACUCGGACGAAGAUGAUUUUCAGGUUAAGAAAAAAGAGAAACCUGACAAUGUUGAGUAAAACAAUUUAUAUGUGACUGUGAACACUCUUUUCUACGGUUUUUAUCCAGGACUUCGACCUUCAUCCUAACUUCAGUUUUAUGAAUGUUUCUUAUAAUUCGUAGAGUGGUUUAUAACAACGAGUUUGACAAAAAAAGUUUUCUGUUAUAAAGGAGAACACGUUCUUAGUAAUUCACGUAACCAAUAGCAUGACCAAUCACGCUACAGUUAGGUCCAGCCAAUCACGAUCGAGAAAUGACCAGUUCAUCCAGGGUUCCCGCCGUGCCCCACCAGAGAGAGGCGAGGACGAGUCCUACACAACUUUUUCCAGUUCAGUGACAUACGAGACGCAUCUAUCAUCGGAAAAAUGUCACCUUUGCCAAAAAUAAUCCAAGUGGGACAAUUACGGAAUGACUGAGCGACUCAUUUGGAAAACUUUCCAACUAGACCAUAAUGAUUGCACAGUUGUCAGCGAGGGUUUCCCAAGAGGGUUGGGGCGGGGGGUCUGUGUUCUCGUGUUCCCUUGGAAUUUUUUCCUUUAUUCCCUUGUUUUUCAGAAAUAUUUCACUAUGUUGACUAUGGUUUCCCAAGCUUACAUUUUCCCUUCUUCCCUAGCUUUGUUCGAUCUCUUCUUCCCUAGAAACCAGUUGCCCUAAAAAUCUCUGGGAGACCCUCCGCAGUCAUGUAACUUAAAAUUGAAGUCCAAAAGAAAGUGUAAAUUAAUUCUUAAUUGCCCGCAAGCACAAAAGUUACAUCGGCAAUGACGAGUAGUUUUAAUACUAAUAUUUUCAUACACCCUUUUCAUAAAUGGCUGCGAUUAAAAAUUCUUUUAUGUGCAUAUAAAUUGGCCCAACUAGCCUCGUUUCUGAGUAGAAAUUCCUUUGAAAUCUCAACAUGAGUACGAGGCUAGUUGGGCCAAUUUAUAUGCACAUAAAAUAAUUUUUGAUCGACAGCCAUUUAUGAAAAGGGUGUAUAGGAAACAAUUUUUUAUCGUAACUUUUUAUUCUGUUUACUUUGAUUAAUUGCACUUGUCAAUUAAGUGAACCAAUGUGAUCACAGCCUCGCACUACAGCCUUGGGCGUCAUGAUUUUUUAGUUUGUAAAAUUGCGCCAGUAGAAUAUGUAUAUGAACAGCAUAUUGCACAACAUACUGUACAAAAGCGUUAUCUCCAACAUAUAUAUUGCACUCAGUUGUAUUUUUUAUAGUGAUAAUAAAUAUAUAUAUACGUUAACUGAACUAAAAUAACUUUAUUGAUAGUGGAUACUGGAUAGUAACUAAGGUUUUUCUCUCAGUUUUAGAUUGUUAUUUACAGAUGAAAGGCCGUUUUAACUCAGUUUAUUAAGGUCCAUUUCCCCUCAAGAAAAAUUUCCGCGGACAGAAAAUUUUCCGAAAAUGUAGUUAAUCGUGUUUUUAAAUUUGAUAUGACAUAAAAAUAUAGUAAAGAUACAUUUUUAGAUUUUUAUAAGUUAGAUAAAAACACACUGCUAACUUUUUUAGUCGCAAUUCAAUUGAUCGGUAAAUUGGAAUAUCUGUUUUUAUAUCAAAUGGUAAAUUAGAAAUAAAAUUUUUAAAAAGAAAAGUGCCUCAUCAGUCCAUACUUCCCGACUCUGCUAGCCCGUAUCGGUCAAGUCCGUCUCGUGCUAGCCGCUAGAACGCCGUGUGUUAACGUUUAAGCUAGAUUUCGGCUAAACUCAACGCUAUCGUCAGAGGCGGUGAAAGGUGGCUUACCAACCGGUAUCGAACGAACUACGGGGGAGAGUGCCGGCGGCCCUCAGAGUUAUGCCUGACACCCUUUUCGCAAGAUCCUAUGAUCGGUAACUACCACACACAAUAGUAACAUUUCGGUAUAUAAGUACGUUACAGUUGCUUGGUGUGGUGCGUGUGGGACGCUUUAGGUCGAUGUUUACCAAACCAUUGAAACAAACGCAUGCGCGAUAACUUGACACUCGGGUAAACGUAGCGCAUGCGUGGGCAUCAUCCAAUCAGGAAGCAGGAAAAUUUCGCACUGGUCCCGCGAGUUCGAGACACGUGCGAGACGGCUCAAAAAUUUAAAAAAAUUAUUUGCCUCCUAAGAAAUCACUUUGCAAUUCUUAAGCAUAAAAUAUUUUAGGCCCCUGGGAAUUGAAAUCGAAUUGCUAAUAGAUCAUAUUACUGUUGUUGUGAUUAAAUAAAUGCUUAAAUUUUGCUUUAUGCACUCGCGUGUUCAGUAAUUUUGACAGUUGUGCUAUUUUAAAUUCCCAGGCGCCUAAAAUCUUUUAUCUUUAAAACAAUAUCGAUUUCUUGGGAAAUUCCGAGGUUUUUUUUAUACAACUUGUACAUGCACCUUCUCAAUAUUUUACGCAUCAUUACGUUCAGCUGUUUGGAAGGGCAUUCAAAUUUUAACAAUAGUGAUUUCAAUAGUUUUCUUUUUUUUGGGACACCCUGUAUUUCAGCCUGUUUUAGGCCCGUUUCAUACGCCGUACUUCACAUGUGCCGAAUACAUUAAAAACAAUAGGUACUGUAGGUACAACAACAGCUCAUUACCUAUUGUCUCAUUACCACAUGUGAAGUACGGCGUAUGAAACGGGCCUUAUACGUCGAAUUUCGGUCGCGUCGAAUGCAAUUCAAACAAUAGAUAAUGAAGCUCAAUGAGGUUUAUCAUCUCAUUGUACUGUAUUCGACGCGACCAAAAUUCGACGUAUAAAACAGGCCUAAAGUGACAAUACUUAACUAUUAUUUUGUGUUUCCCAAUCGCCAGAUACAUUUAAAAAGGUUGCUAACGGUGUAAACUACAAAAUGAAGCUAAAACAAAGUAAUUUUGAGAUGAACGCCCAAACAAUUUUAGACUUACACGAAAAUACAAUGAGCUCAAUCACUACAAUUAACUUGUGACCAUGGAAUGUCCAAAGAAUUUCAAAUCAACAACCAUUCCCGGGCCUAUUGUAAUAAUGUUCUCCAAGGGAUUACAACCAAUCAAUAAUUUUGCCUUCAGCCAAUCAGCGAGCUCAUUUGCUUAGCUCAGCCAAUCAAGACGAGCGUGUGUUUGUGUAACUGGGCGUAAUAUCUUUUACGUGCGAGGCAAGUUUAAAAUUUCGCUUCGUGGCAGCAAGCUUACAUUUGCACAAGUACUCGAAGAGAGAAGUUUGUCUCGAAAGAUCGCUGUUUAAUCAAGCUAAAUUUAAGGUAAGAAUCUUUAGUCUUUUACUGUGAAUUUGCUUUAGCCUUCGUCAAUCGAAGGGCGACUUAUAUAUGUUUUUGAAACGCGACUAAAUUCAUGAACCGUUCGCUAAUAGAAUUCGUUCAAAUAUUUUUUUCGAUCCUGCAUGAGUAGUCGCCACGUGUAUUGUACGGCCUUUCAAACUUUUGGCUAUUUCUUAACAUUUUCGAUGAGAUCUUGUAGCAUUAAACUUCAGAAUCCUUGUCUUUUGUCUUGCAAUAACUUAUAUUUCUUUUCUUCCAAUUUUAGGCCAGAAAGUUCGGCGAGAAAUUCGCUCAAGCCAUUGACUGGCCACGAAGUCAUGCGGAGAUAUAUAACCAGGUACAUAUAUGUCAUAUUUCUCUAUAAAUAUUUGUCGCAAACUAGAAUUAACGCUUACUUUUAAGAAUUGUUAAGUAUCCCGGUAGAUUUAUAGUCCCCUUAAUAGUCUAAAUUUUGGUCAACUUUUACUCAAGAUAAUACCUAAAAUGAAAGCUGUAUGGUUUACUCAAACGAUUUGGUUGUACUUCAUCUGUACUGUACAGUUUGUCCACAAUUUUGUACGAUAUUUUCGAGACUUCUUAGUUAAAAAUUCUGAAAUUAAUUUGCUAUUUCUUUGAGCUUAUGUUGCAAUUAGACUCGGAGUUUUGUUCUAUCUUAUUAAUAACAACUCUGAAACGAAUUUUGUUUAAUUCUACUAAAUAUUAAUACUGAAUUUUGCUGUAAAAUGCUUUCAUACGAGUAUAGACGCGUUCAAUUAUUGAUGUUUUUUUUUUAUUUUCCUUCCAGGUGCAAAGUGUAAUGAAGUGA